GUGACACAUCCCCAGCCCUGGUGUCAUCCUGCUGGGUGCUUCUCCACCCUGUGCCAUGACCAAGGUAGUGCCCAGAAAAUCCACAUUCUCAUCCCCUCUCUCCUCCCCUUGGCUGUGGCAGCUCCUUUCCAUCACUUCCCCACUUCUCCUCCCAUCUGUGGGCUGGAAGGGCCCCUGGAGCCUUUGAGGAGAUGCUGCUGUGAAAGCCAUUGUCCCAAAGGAGGAGCUGGGACAUCCAGGAGCUGCUGGUGCUGCUGCAAGAGGACACAGACAAGGUGUGUUUUCCAGAGGACCUUUGGCUCGCCCCCUGUGCCAGGCCCCAGCCCUGGGAUGCAGCCCGUGGCCCUGCAGAGCCUGUCCGAGCUGGAGAGGGCCAGUCUGCAGGAGCUGGCGCUGUUCCAGCUGCAGGAGAGGCUGCCCGUGGGGCAUCUCAGUCUGGACAGAGAUGGCUCCAAAGGCAUUAAAUCCAUCCGGCAGAAGCUGGAGAGCUUCUCGAAGGAGAGGAAAGACUGCUCUCCCCACACCUUCGGGGUGCCGCUCGCCCAGGUCAUCGCCAACGACCGCGCCUGCCGGCAGCUGCAGGAGGCCGUGGGCAGGAGCCGGCGGCUCUGCCUGGAGGUGGAGGCCACGGUGACGAGGUUCCGGGCCCAGAGGCACAGGAGGCUGGGAAUGGGCACCAGCUGCAUCCGGGCACCCGACGGGGGCUGCCCAGAGGAGCCGCUUUCCCCAGUGCUUGUGGACAAGAGCUCCUGGAGCCAGCGGAGGGGGGCCAUGUCUGUGGAUUCCAUCACGGACCUGAGUGACAAUGCCUCUGAGCUGCUGGAGGCCCUGCAGCUCUCACACCCCCAUGAGCUGGACCCUCGCAGGAGCCGUGGCAAGAAGAAGCAGCUGAGCCUGAACCCCAUCACCUGGCAGGUGCCACGGAUUGUGGACAGGUGCUGCACUCACCUUGAGAUGCACGGGCUCCAAACUGUUGGCAUCUUCCGUGUUGGAAGCUCCAAGAAAAGAGUCCAGCAGCUGAGGGAGGAGUUUGACCGAGGGCUGGAUGUUUUCUUGGAUGAGUAUCAAAGUGUUCAUGAUGUGGCUGCCCUGCUCAAAGAGUUUCUCCGGGAUAUGCCUGAUUCCCUGAUUCCCAGAGAGCUCUAUGGAGCCUUCCUCAGCACAGCCACGCUGGAGGGGCAGGCCCAGCUGGACACGCUGCAGCUGCUGCUGUUCCUGCUGCCCCCGUGCCACAGUGACACCUUGCUGCGCCUCCUGCGCUUCCUGGCCGAGGUGGCCCGGCACGCCGAGAGCUCCUGGGACCCCGAGGGCCGUCAGAUCCCUGGGAAUAAAAUGACAGUGUCAAACCUGGCUACAGUCUUUGGUCCCAACAUCCUGCAGAAGGAGAAGCCUGGAGAGAAAGAUGCUGGUGCCCUGAACUUUGAGGACAGUGCUGCCAUAAUCCUGGUGCUCCAGAGGCUGAUUGAGCACCAUCACUCCCUGUUCAUGGUGUCCCCAGAGAUGCAGUGUGACGUGCUGAGGAGGCUGUUCCAGACAGACCCCGAUGUCAUCGAGUACCUGCUGCGCAGGAAGUUCCCUGACGUGCCGAGCCCAGAGCGUGAGGAUCCCGGGGAGGAGCUGGCUCCGUCCACGCUGUCUGGCUGGACACACAGCCUGGAGCGAGGCUCGGUCUGCUCGGAGCUCUACAGCAGCGUCUCCUUCCUAAACCUGCAUGUUGGCAUCUAGCCCUGCCCAGGCUCUCUGGACAAAACCAGGCAGCUUUUCCCACAAAACCCAGCCCUUGCCUCACUUUGGGGGCAGCCCCUGUGCCUGUGCCCUGGGGGCAGAGCUGUACUCGGGGGUCACCUCCCAGGCUGACACCUCCCUGUGGGACCAACCACUGCCACAUCCUCAGCACAGCCCUCCCCUGCCACCUCCUCCUCACAGCACCUCAGGAAUGGCUUGCCAUCCCUACACCUGUGGGCACUCUUGGGAGGACAGGCUGAGGAAGCUGGGACUGCUCAGCCUGGAGAAGAGAUGGCUCAGAGGGACCUUAUCCAUGUAUCCAAAUGCUUUUGUAAGGGCCUGGAGGGACAGGACAAGGAGAAUGGCUUCCCACUGCCAGAGAGAGAAAUUGGGAUAUUCCUGGGAUAUUCAGAGAAAUUCUUCCCUGUGAGGGUGGUGAGGCUCUGGUUCAGGCAGGGACACCUUCCACUGCACCAGGCUGCUCCAAGCCCCAUCCAGCCUGGCCUUCUGGCCUUGAACUUUUCCAGGGAUGGGGCAGCCACAGCAGGGCACUUCUGGGGACAAAACAGUACUUCUGUAAACAGUAUUCCAUAUUCUAUCACAGCCUGCACCCAGUCAUGGUCUGAAGACACCCAGACCUUCUCAGGUGCCCUACUCAGGGCUGGGCUCUUAUUUUGCAAAGGUCCCUUCCCUGCAGAUCAGAACAGUUGGGAUGGGUGGGGAAGCACUUCCCAGAGGAGCCUGUGCUGUGAGAUAGCCGGUGAGACCCCCUGGGAGCUGAUAAGCUCCAGAGAGCAGCAGAGCUGUUGUGUCUGGAGGAGCAGAUAAAUUUGGGACACCAUGAGGCUGUGGAAGGUUCCAGGAACGCUUGAAUGUCAGCUGUGAAAUCAACAUUGUAUCCAGCCACUGCUCUGGGUGGGAUUGUACCUGCUGCAAGAGCAGCCCCCAGCCUUUCGAAUUCCUUCCUAGGGUGGUAAAACACUGGCACAGGUUGCCCAGAGCAGCUGUGACUGCCCCUGGAUCCCUGGAAGUGUCCAAGGCCAGGUUGGAUGUGGCUUGGAGCAGCCUGGGAUAGUGAAAGGUGUCCUUGCCCAUGGCAGGGGGUGGAGUGGGAUGGACUUUAAGGUCCCUUCCCACCCAAGCCAUUCUGUGAUUCCAUGAUCCUAGGAUGGAACAGGGAUGCUGACACAGGAGGCAGCUCUGUGCAGGAAAAGUCCUGCUGGAUUUCACUUUCCCAGCACCAUAACGGGGGCAGGGGGACACGGGGAGCUCAAUGGGGGGAAGCACCAGCUUUCUCUGGCUGCUGCAGAGCCAUCCAAGUCGCCGUAGGGUGUUUAUCCCUGGCAGCGUUGAUGCGAUAUUGCUGCAAACUCCGCUUGAGGGCAGCCCGGCACCGACCUGGCCCGGCCCCCGUGCGGCUGUACCGAGACUCUGCCGGAGCGCCCGGGGCUGGCCCGGAGCUGCUCCAUUCCAGCCUCACGAAAUGAAAUAAACCCCCUCCCCAGCCAGCUGCACAUCUCA